AUGGAUCCUGGGGGCCACGGCCGCAUGGCCCAUGACCACAACGAGGACGAUGGCGACCCCAACACCCCUGGGCGGGAACGCCAGCCGGCACGUGAGGAUGGCACCCUCACGGUGUUCUUUCCCGUGCCCCACACAGUCCGCUGCUGCGAGGAGGGCUGCCGAGCUGCCUAUGCCGCGGCCAAAUGGACAGCGCGGCGGCAGUCCCUCCAGCGGCACCUCGAACUCGAGCACGGUACCAGAAUCCGGCGCACCAUCAACGUGUGCAGUAUCUGCGGCGAGACACUGGGGCUAAGACCAGCCUCCCACGCCUGCUUGCUUGCAGCUGACUCGACCGCCCCCCCUGCUGCCCUGCCACACCAGUGUGGCAGUUGCUCAAUGUCCUUCCCCACAAGGAGGGGCUUGAGCAACCACGAACAGUGGCACAGGAGGGAGGCGGCACUAGCAGCCAGGCGUGAUCUCGCCGCGGGUGCUGCCUCUGGUGCGUCGGAACAGGACAACGACGGCACCCCCCCCCCCCCAACAGAGCAGGACAGCACCGAGGGUCCCGCUGAGGACCUUCCAGAAACACCAGCAGUGGCCACCGAGAAGGCCGCCGACCAGGAGCCGUCUCCUGUGGCGCCUCGAGGAACACCCGGACAAAGCAGCGAUGGCGAGAUGGCCGAGGCACCCUCUCAGCGGACGCCAACCCAAUCAGGGCGGACCGCGGCCUCGGCCACUCCUUCUCCAACACCAUCGCUGCUGUCCAACCGAGGCAUCCCGGGAGCACCAGCCUCCGAGGCUCACGAGCCGGCGGCCAUGCAGGAGCUCUCCCCAGGCAGGGCAGAGUCGCAGGACCAUGACGGAAGCACCCAGGACUUCGGGACCCAGGAAGAACAUGCUGGUACCAUGCGGCCAGAGGGCAGUGCAUGGGGCUUAGAAGACGAGACGGCAGAGCUGCGGGUAUUGAGCCGGUUGCCUGAGUCUGCUGGGCAGUGGGCACGGUUUGAAAACAUCCUCGACCGUGCCAUUGCAGCCGCAACCAAACAUCUGCGGCUGCCAGUCAGGGACUCGCGCCAAUCACGGAGGCGCGAGGUGAACCCCGACAACCCCCAGCAGAUCCAAACACUUUACCGAAGGAACCGGCGCCGGGCAUCGCACCUCUGGUCACCAACAACCGUGGAUACCAGCAUCCUGCGGUCAAGGCUUCCGGCCACCGAAGAACUGGACUUGUGCCCCUUUUCACCGGAAGAAGUCGCAGCCAAGCUCCGUAAAUGCGAGAGUACAGCUCCAGGGGAGGACCGCCUCACGUACCACCACUGGAGGCAGGUGGACCCUGAGGGCAGGUUCCUGGCGGCGGUAUACAACCUAUGCCUCCAAUACCGCCGCACGCCCCUGAGCUGGAAGUCGGCGAGGACAAUCCUGAUUCACAAGAAGGGCGACCGCGAGGACCCCACAAACUGGCGACCCAUUGCCCUUGGUCGCACGAUUGCCAAACUGUAUGCCGGGUGUCUCACCACCCGGCUGCAGAGGUGGUUGGGCGACCAUGCGGUACUGUCCAGGUGUCAGAAGGGCUUCCUGCCGCACGAUGCGGUGUUCGAACACAACUUCGUGCUGCAGGGACGCCUGGAUGAUGCCAGGACAGGAGGUGGGGAGGUGUGCGUGGGGUUCCUCGAUUUUGCCAACGCCUUCGGCUCGGUCACCAUCGUUGAAGACCUCUACCGCGCCAACACCACCUGCGUCGUGGCAGCAGCUGGCAUUACGGAGCCAAUCACCAUCGGAGCCGGGCUGAGACAGGGCUGUCCUCUGAGUGGCCUAUUUUUUAACCUGGUGGUGGACCCGGUCAUCCGUGCAGUACAGGGAGGCGAUAGGCAGCACAACAUCCUUGCCUACGCCGAUGAUCUGACGCUGCUGGCCGCGGAUCCCACCACCCUGCAGAGCCGCUUGGACCGUGUGACUGCCCUAUCGGCCCGGCUUGGGCUGCGACUGAACGCCGCCAAGUGCCGAUCUCUACACCUGUCUGGUCGCCACCCCGUGGGUACACGGCCUACCUCCUUCACCGCUGGUGGCGACCCGAUUCCGGCGCUUGGCGACUUCGAGGGGCACAAGUUCCUGGGCCGUCCAGUGGGGUUCAGGGUGCUACCGGACGAGACGACGGUCGACGAGGCCAUCCACCUAGGCAGAAAGCUACUCUCCUCCAUGCUCGCCCCAUGGCAAAGGCUGGAUGCCAUAAAAACCUUUCUGUAUCCAGCCUUGAACUUUGCCAUGCGGGUGGGCCUUGCCAGCAAAGGAGAGUGGCAACGCCUAGACGAGGAGCUCCGCCCGCUCAUCAGGAAGACCCUGUACGUGCCAGCCAGAGCUUCCAAUGAAUACUUGUACGGAAGCACUCAGGCUGGCAGUGCAGGGAUCCCACUUGCGGCGGAGCUCAGCGACAUCUGCCGGGUGGAUGGGGCCUUCAAGCUACUGACGUCGAGCGACGUGGAAGUCCGGGAGCGUGCAGCAGGGGACCUAGAGGGCGUGGAGGCCUACCUCUCAGGCGAGACCGAGGACGACUUCCGACAAAUGUCCACACAGGUCCAGUCUGUGUGGACGGAGGCCCGGAAAGCCUCCCGUCGCCUCUCCGUCGCCUGGGAGCUCUUGGAGCAUGGGGCCCGCAUCAACUGCCGAGAGGCCUCUGUGUCAGUGAGGAACCGCCACAAGCUGGUCAAGACCAUCCGGGCGCUACUCUCCACCGAAAGGGACAGAGCUCUGCAUGACAAACCGAACCAAGGCAAGGCGAUGGUGUGUGUGGCGGCCGACCCGGCAAAUUCCCACUUCAUGAGGUCCGGCCGCUACACCCGCUUCACCGACUGGCGUUUCGUGCAUCGAGCCCGGUUAAAUCUCCUCCCCCUCAAUGCCACAAGACUCUGGGCACCCGCAGCCGACAAAAGAUGCAGGCGCUGCGGGUAUGGGGAGGAGACACUGCCGCAUGUACUAUGCCAUUGCAUGCGUCAGAGCCGGGCCAUGGAGCGUCAUAACACCAUCGUCGCCAGAAUAAAAAAGGCUGCCUCGGGGAGGUUUACUGUCAUCGCAGAGAACCAGGUCGUGGUCACCACAUCACUCAAGCCCGACCUGGUACUGGCCCGUGGAGAGGAGGCACUGAUCCUGGACGUCGGCUGCCCUUUCGAGAACAGGCUGCAGGCGUUCCAGGACGCCCGGAAGGCUAAGGAGGAGAAGUACUCCCCUGUACAGCGUCAUCUCCUCCGGCGGUUCCAACGCAUGACGGUGGACGCGGUCGUCGUCGGCUGCCUUGGGAUCAGGGGAAUGAUCGUGUGA